AGAAAACCAACUACACAUUGAUAAACUAUUUCUCUCUGUCUCUCUCUCUGUCUCUCUCUCCUAGGGUUAGGGUUUGUAGAGAAGCUGUUUUUAUCUUACAUACGACGCAUCACCAGUGCUUGAUGAAUAUCCUGAUGGAGAUGGACCCAACCAAGAAGCGAAAGCUAGACGGAAACGGCGCUGUACAAACAGCAUCCGACGCCGUACCGGGCCAACUCACCGUCGACGACGUACGAAAGAUCAUCGAGCUAUUCACUAACGAUCAGCUCCUCGAGAUCGUCCAAAACGCUGCAGUUCGGCACGCCGAAGUCCUGGAGGCGGUCCGGUCAAUCGCCGAUCGGGAUCCCGCGCAGCGGAAACUUUUCGUCCGCGGCCUCGGAUGGGACACCACCACCGAGAAGCUGCGCGCUAUUUUUGCUGCCUAUGGCGAUAUCGAAGAGGCUGUGGUGAUACUGGACAAGGGCACCGGGAAGAGCAAAGGAUAUGGCUUCGUCACGUUCAAGCACGUUGACGGAGCUUUGUUGGCUUUGAAGGAGCCUAGUAAGAAAAUUGACGGGCGAAUGACGGUUACGCAGCUUGCAUCAGCCGGAGUCCAAGGACAGAACGCGAAUUCGGGCGUGGACGUGUCGAUGAGGAAGAUCUAUGUGGCGAACGUGCCGUAUGAUAUGCCUGCGGAGAGGCUACUGGCGCAUUUUUUGUCUUAUGGAGAGAUUGAGGAAGGGCCGUUGGGUUUCGAUAAGGCGACUGGGAAGUCGAAAGGGUUUGCUCUGUUUGUGUACAAAACAGCUGAAGCUGCUAGAGCAUCGUUAGUUGAUCCAAUCAAGACAAUUGAUGGGCGUCAAUUGAAUUGCAAAUUGGCAAUUGAAGGGAAGAAAGGGAAGCCAGGGGUUCCUGGCGACGCACAGGGUGAUGGGCUAGGGAUGCAUUCACAUUCUACAGUUUCGGGUUCACUUGGCCCAGGACAGUAUGGCGGACCUGGUGGUUCCUAUGGUGGAUUUUCUGGUGGACUGCAGGGUCUGCCUCCUGGUCAUCUCCCUCUAAAUUCAUCGCUAGGUGGCAGUCAAGCACCAUCUUCUAUGGGUGCUGGUGGCGGGUAUGGCUCUGGGUUGGGCGGUCAGUAUGGAGGUUCUCAUUAUGGUGGGCCUGCUUCUGCUGGAUAUGGAGGAAUGGGUGGUGCUGGUAGCAGUGGUGGUAUGGGUGGUGCAGGAGGCGGGUUGGGUGGUACAGGGCCUGCUGCUCGUGGUUCUUCAUCGUAUGGUUUGCCACCAAGCUCAGGUGGGAUGCCUUCCAGUGGUUAUCCUGAUGGUGCUCACUAUGGCUUCUCAUCCUCUGCAUAUGCAAGCCAGCAUCAUCAACCAACAGGAACAUCACCAGUACCCCGAGUUCCACCUGGGGGAGUGUACCAAGGUGCCCCCCAAUUCUACUGAGGUGUUUGACAGCUUGUUGGCGCAGUUGCUUUUAGUGGUUCUGGUGAUUUCAUGAGUGCAGACAAUUUGAUUAGAUGUCCUUUGGUACUUUUCACUUCAUCUGCUCCUUAAGAGGUGGAGUCUUUUAUGUUGCUGGUAGUUGAGAAGGCUAGUUGAAUUUAGUUUUAUGUACUCUUUGUCUGGAACCCAAUACCCAUAUAUUAUGUGGGCUCUUUUUAUGAUAUAUUUUAGAUUUUAUAGGUGUUGACUUUUUCUAAUUGCUUCCUAGAUUUGUCUCCUUACUUCUGUGCGUUAUCUUUUGAAAUGCUUGUCAUUCUUCCUAUUCAUGGUCUCAAUGGCUCUCCAUUUGUUCA